AUGUACAACGGACUACCGGCGUCGUCUUUAUUAGACGUAACUAAGCGUUUAAUAAAAGCGCAAUCCUUUUCACACUAUGAAAAUGACGUUGUUGAAAAUGUUAUUGAAGGAUUUUACACGUUAGAAAGCCAAGUGGAACAGACACCCGGUGUCGAAAAGGAAACGACACCCUCUUUAGGAAAUCAAAACUCCGAGAAUAAUCCAAUUCGCGCUAUAUUCAGUUCUUCACAAAGCAUUUCAGCGAAUCGCUUAGUCCCAUGUAUAAUUCAAAACCACGAUGUUAACGUAUUACGACUUUAUAAUAUGCAACGAUUAGAGAAAAUUAGAACGGCAUCAAUCCAAGAUAUUCCAUAUUCAGAAGAAGAAUGGUUGAAUUUAUCUGAAGAGGAAAAAAGAUUUCACAGGGAUUACAUGGAUUUAUUGAGAGCGUUGAAGAUGGAAUACCCACCAGAAAUUAAUUUAUCAGCAAGUCUGAUACCUCCUAGAGAGGCCAUUGUCGUCGUUAGAGUACUUCAGGAUAUUG